ACUGUAACUUUAUCAUAGUGCAGGCUGGCUUCCACAGACAUAAACACCAACGCCAAUACCAUUACACAAGACCCCACAAUGCUACAUCUUUCCACCCGAUCGUGCACUACAAUCCUGCUCAAUACCUCCAGAAGAAAAUGCCUUCAAUCAGCCUCCUGCGGUUUUGGCUUCCGGAUAGCCCAAAGCAGAGGACCCCAACGAUUCUUCCACCACAAUACCUUCAAGCAAUUCUCGAGCCGAAAGCCUCCCCCAAAGCCAGGAAAACCAACCCUCGAGCCAGCAACCAACCCUUCUGAGAACCUCCCUUCUACACCCCAGCCUGCACUCCUCGAUAUACUAAAAGCUCGGGGCCAGUUAUCCCAGGACCAGGCUCCACGAGACCUCUCCCACUCUCAACGCCUCUUUGCACCCUUCAUUUUCACUCUAGCUGUUUGCGGAGGCUCUUACUAUUUCGCUUCAACGUGGACACCUCCCCCACUGGAUGCCCGCAUGUUCCCGGCCUUGCCCCAGAGUGUGACGACGGUCGCUGCCAUAAUCGCUGCCAAUGCUGCCGUCUGGUUUGCAUGGAAGAUCCCGCUGCCCAUAUCUUGGAGGUUCCUGAAUAGGUACUUCCUUUGUGCACCCGCAUUACCGUAUAGCGUAGGCUUGAUGGGGAGUGUGUUUUCGCAUCAGAGCCUGACGCAUUUGGGGCUUAACAUGUUUGUACGUUAUCCCCCUCCAUCUAUUAAAGUUUGGAUCGUGAGUGGGCGUGGCUAAUUGAAAAGUGGGCUGGGAAUAUAGGCGUUGUAUGUCUUUGGGUCAACUCGUAUGUUUCCCUUUUUCUCCUUUUCCGCUUUGUUCCACGACCAUAUAGCUGAUUCACCGAAUCAUAGUCUGUGACCAAAUCGGCCGUGGCAACUUUCUCGGUCUAUACUUCUCCUCGGGGGUCAUAGCUUCGUUUGCCUCCUUAGCGCAUAACGUCCUCCGUGGCCGCUUCCACGUAUACGCACUAGGUGCUUCCGGUGCCGUCUUUGGUGUUCUCGGUGCAUUCACCUACCUCAACCCCGAAACCAAGCUCACAUUCAUCUUCCUACCGUUUGUUGCUCUGCAAGCUAAGUACUUCAUGUCUGGCGUUGCGAUGCUAGAAGCAUUUGGAAUCGUGAGGGGGUGGCAGACUAUCGACAAUGUGGCGCAUUUAGCGGGGUUGGGUUGGGGGGUCGGGAUGGCGUACUGGCUCGAGCAGAGGGUUAAGAGGAGGAGGCGGCUAGAGGCUGCAAUGGCGAGGGAGAGGGCGUCAAAAGGGUGGUGGUGAACUAGGGAGGCUUCAGCACGGUAGGUUAGAGAGGGGGCAAGGGGUAAUUGAUUAGAAUAUAAUUUUUUUGCGACGAAUGUUCCUCGAUGAGAGGGCUGAUUACCUUCUGCUCUAAGUAGGAGCGGGGCAGGAAGGAGGGGGGAGCAGAAUAGGUUGCGCUUAUAGGUGGUUCUAGUAUUGCCUCUAGACCAGUAAGCCACAGCACAGCGCAUUUUCCAUGAGUUCUCCUGUUCGACUAGAGUUCAGCCGUCCAUUAAUCCACCCGCCUAUCAACAUAGAGCUGUGGCGUCCUCGAUGGCAAGACAAAAAGUGGGAAAGAAAAGUGGGGGGAAAAAUCAAGAUUGUGGAUCAGAAAUUAAUUCGCCACGCAGUUCUACCCUAAUGCAAAAAAUCCUUGUCCCUUG